AUGGGUACAGACGUCUUAUCUGAUGAAACCGCGGUGAGCGAUUUUAUCAGUGCUGCCCUUGAUGGAUUGUUUGCCCAGGACAUGAGUUUUGUGCCUCUUAUCCCUGACGAUGAACAUCCGCUUGAGCAACGUCUUGCAGGUCUGAGCGCCUGGUGUGCCGGUUUCCUGAGUGGGUUUGGUGCUGCAUUCGGCGGCAGCGAAGGUGGCGCUGCCAUGGAUGCCUUGCCGUUGGACGUGCAGGAAAUUCUGCGAGAUUUUGCCAGUAUCAGCAGUCUUGAUGAAUCCGUAGAGGGUGGUGAGCACGAAGAGAGUGCCUACAUGGAAAUAUACGAGUACGUGCGCGUGGCUGCCGUGCUUGCAUUGACGCUGAUUUCAGAACAGGCGGAGAGUACAGCGGCCAAUACAGACGACAAUCAGGACAGAUCUGUGGCGCUGAUUCCUGGUGCCAGUCCUGCUCGUCGCAACCGCGAUAUCCAAUAUCUGUUUCGCCAGGACAGCGAUUUUUUUUACCUUACCGGUUUUUCUGAACCUGACGCCCUGUUGCUGCUGGUGCCAGGUCGUGAACACGGCCAGGAAAUUCUGUUUUGUGCGGAACGGGACGAUCAGGUUGAACGCUGGGACGGCGAACGUCUGGGUCCGGAGCGGGCAACACAGAACCUGGGCGUGGACGACGCGUUCCCGAUAACAGACAUGGAUGACAUUCUGCCCGGCCUGCUGGAGUCGCGAGCACGCAUCUAUAUGACGUUGGGAGAGUACCCGGAUUUUGACAGUCGCCUGCUUGCAUGGGUAGCUGAUAUCCGCAAACGCGAAGCCGGUGGCGCUCAACCCCCGGGAGAGUUUCUCGAACUGAAACACCUGCUGCACGAAUUAAGAUUGUUUAAAUCAGCCAAAGAGCAGCAGUUGAUGCGUAAAGCCGCAGAAAUCACCAGCAUCGCCCAUCGCCGAGCCAUGCAGGUGUGUGAGCCGGGUAUGCUGGAAAGCCAGCUGGAAGCCGAGCUGACAUAUGAGUUUAUGUCCCACGGCGCCCGUUCGCCUGCCUAUCCGUGUAUUGUCGGCGGCGGGGAAAAUGCCUGUGUGAUGCACUACGUCGAUAACACCGCGGCGUUGAAAAAGAGCGAUCUUGUAUUGAUCGAUGCAGGCUGCGAAUACCAGCAUUAUGCUGCAGACGUGACACGUACCUUUCCGGUCUGUGGGAAGUUCAGUACCGCACAGCGCAAACUUUACGACAUUGUGCUGCAGGCAAACGAAGCGGCGAUCAGCCAGUGCCAACCGGGAAAUCAUUUUAAUGCGCCACAUGAAGCAGCUGUUAGGAUAAUAGUCGAGGGAUUGCUGGCUCUGGGUCUGCUCGAAGGUGAGCCUGAUGACAUUAUUGCUGCUGAAGACUACAAGGCACUCUGCCCGCACAAAACCUCCCACUGGCUGGGCAUCGAUGUACAUGAUGUCGGCGACUACCGCAUUGACACCAGUUGGCGUGAAUUUGAACCCGGCAUGGUGUUAACCAUCGAGCCUGGUUAUGCAGUCACGCUGAUUGACCGCAAAGCGCCACAGGUGCAGCGCGGCACACUCGGUAUGGAUAUUCGUAAUGUUGCUCUGUCGCCAGCCUCUCAGGCAUUGCUGGCAAGCGUGGGCAUCUGGGGCGCGACGCCUGCGGCAGCGUAUCGGCAUAUGCAGGUCUGGGAGCAGUGGGGCAACAGUGAAUUGUCUUUUCAUGCUGCAGAUGUGGGGUGUCAGCAGUUGGGUUGGCUGGUGGAAGUCAGCCCCCUUCUGGUACACGCCUGGCAACAGAUGAGCCAGCGUGCCAACCUGACCCUGUGGGAAAGUGAAAUUGCUGGUGUAGACGUGCUCAGCGACCGUGUUGAUAUGGCAACCGCGACAGGUGAAGUGCGCAGUUUCGACUUCCUGAUUGCAGCGGAUGGGGCGCAAUCGCUGGUGCGCCGCGCCAUGAAUCUUGAAGUUCAACAAUACCCUGUGCAUCAGGUGGCGCUAACCACGGUUGUGAGAACCGCGCAGCCUCAUCAGCAUACCGCCUGGCAACGUUUUUUAACCGAUGGCCCGCUGGCAUUUCUGCCUGGCGUCGAUGAACACCUGUGUUCUAUUGUAUGGUCGCAGAGUGCAGCUGAGGCCCAGCGGCGCAGGGCGCUUGAUGAUGCGCAAUUCUGUCGCGAAAUUGGUUUUGCCAUUGAACACCGCCUGGGCGACAUUGAGCAGGUUGAUCAACGUUUCACCUUCCCGCUGACUCAGCAGCGUCUGCCGAACUGCGCACCAGACCCUCGUGUGCUGCUAAUCGGUGAUGCCAUGCGAGUGGUGCAUCCACUGGCCGGUAUGGGGGUGAAUCUGGGCCUCGAAGAUGUACAACAAUUGCUUGAAGUGGCCCGCCCGGCGGCCAACCUGUCUGCGCCCGGUUUGUGGUCACGUUUUGCCCGGCAACGCCAGGUGAGAGCACAGAUGAUGAUUCGCCUGUUUGCCGGAUUGCAGAAAGUCUAUGGCAGUUCAGAUCCGGGUCUUUCUCUGCUGCGCAACGUUGGUGUUGCUUCAAUUAACCUGCUCGACGGCGUUAAACAGCAGAUCAUGCGUGAAGCCAUGGGCUUGACCAAAACACCACUGUAUGACGAACACCUUGCCGCUGGCGGCAAGAUGGUGGAUUUUGCCGGUUGGAUGAUGCCGGUGAAUUAUGGGUCGCAAAUCGAAGAGCACAGUGCGGUGCGAACCGAUGUGGGCAUGUUUGACGUGUCGCAUAUGACCAUCAUCGACGUGCACGGUGCUGACGCUUUGGCCUUUCUGCAGCGGGUCGUUGCCAAUGAUGUUGCGAAGUUGUCUACCUGGGGCGCCCUGUAUGGUGCCUUAUUGAAUGAAAGCGGCGGUGUUUUAGAUGAUCUGAUUGUCUACGCGCUGCCGGAAGGUUAUCGCUGUGUGGUUAACGCAUCGACACGCGCAAAGGUGCUGAGCUGGUUUGAGCAGCACAAAAUGCCUGCCAUGACCUUUGCACAACAGUCCCUGGUGAUGAUUGCGGUGCAGGGUCCUGAUGCCAUCAACCGCCUCAAUCAGUGUUAUCCCGGCAGCGUUCCAGCCGACCUUGCGCCUUUCAGUGCGACGUUGUUUGGGCAGUGGAUGGUGGGACGGACUGGUUAUACCGGUGAAGAUGGGGUUGAAAUCAUGUUGCCACCCGCAGAGGGCAUCAGCUUGUGGCAACGCCUGCGCGAAGCCGGUGUACAACCAGCCGGACUGGGUGCGCGUGAUACGUUAAGACUGGAAGCCGGUCUCAAUCUUUAUGGACAGGACCUGGACGAACAAACUUCGCCGCUGGCGUCCAACAUUGCCUGGACCAUCGCCUGGUCGCCCGAUGAUCGUGAUUUUAUCGGUCGCAGCGCAAUAGAACCGCAGCGCGGUCAAUGUCCAAUGAAAUUGACGGGUCUUAUCAUGAAAGACAAAGGUGUUUUACGUCAUGGUCAGGUGGUGACCACAUCGGCUGGGAAUGGGAUAAUCACCAGCGGAACGUUUUCCCCCACGCUCGGGUUCAGUAUUGCGCUGGCGCGUUUGCCCAGGGCGGCAAGCGGAGUCUGCGAGGUGGACAUACGGGGCAAAACCAAAGCCGCUGAGAUAGUGCUGGAGGAAGACGGCAGCGUCACCGUAGGCAUCACCGACCAUGCGCAGAACGCGCUGGGUGAUGUGGUCUACGUUGAACUACCUGAGGUAGGACAACAAAUAAACGCAGCGGAGGAGGCGGGUGUAGUAGAAUCUGUGAAAGCCGCUUCCGACAUCUACGGCCCCAUCACGGGUACGGUUGUUGCGAUCAACAGUGUGCUUGAUGAUGAGCCCGAAAAGGUCAAUCAGGACCCAUACGGUGAAGGCUGGUUCUUCAAAUUAGAGCCUGACGAUGUGGCUGAACUGGAAGAACUGCUCGACGCAGAAGCCUAUACGGAAGUCUGCGACGAAGAAGAGCACUGA